AUGACCUCAGGUAGCGGCUCCUACGAAGUUAAAGUAGAACAAGGUGUAAAGUUAUAUGACAAGCAUAAGCAGCAGCAGGCUGUCAAAAAAUGGAGAUCAGCUCUAAAAGCUGUCAGACGUCGGGAAGAUAAAUUUCUUGUUUUGGGCUAUUUGUAUCGUGCUUACAUGGACUGGGGAAAAUAUAGAGAUGCCUUGGAACUGGCUCAUAAACAAUUGUAUAUAUCAGAAGAAUUAGACAAUCCAAAUAUGAGAGCGGAAUCAUAUUUAAAUUUAGCAAGAUCUCAUCAACGUUUAGGUAGUUUAGAAAGGGCGUUAGCCUACGCAAGACAUUCACUUUACAACGAGUGUGAACAAUGUGCCACAGCUGGCUAUGUUCAUCUUACUGUAGGAUCGGUUUACUUAGAGUUGGCUGGAUUUUCCAAAGCUUUGGAUAGUUUUCAACAAGCCCACAGGAUAGCACAAGCUGUAAGAGAUAGAGGAUUAGAAUUGCAGGUUUACGUUGAAUUGUCGGAGUUGUUUAGCAGACUUCAAGACUCGGAGAAGAGUGGCAGAUAUGCCUCUAAAGCGUACGAUAUGUCUAGGUCCCUUCAAACCGGAGAUCUUAAUUCUAAGCAUCACAGGUCUGCUCUUUUACAAAUGGCAUCAGCAUUGAGGAAACAAGGAGAAUUAGGGGAUGCACACGACUACUGUUCGGAAGCAACUAGAUUAGCACUGGUGUCAGGGGAUCAAGCAACUUAUGCGAAAAGCAUCCGAAUUAUGGGAGAUAUUUACAGGAAAAAGUUGGAUAUUAAUAGAGCGUUUCGUCAAUAUGAAACGGCUAUGGGUUCAGCUGCUGCAAUGGGUGACAGGAUUAUUCAGAUGGAAUCCAUGGAUGGAGCUGCAAGAUGUUUGGAGGCUUUAAGACUGCAACACAAAAUUUGUAACUGCCGACCUCUAGAAUUCAACACUAGGUUAUUGGAAGUAGCUAGUUCCGUUGGUUCCAAACUUUUAGUUAGAACUAUCCGCAUUCGUCUGUCGAAAAUAUACAAAGCUUUAGGAGAUGAUGAACAUAAACUCCAUCAUGAGAGAAUAGCACAACGAUUAGAUAAAGAAUUAGAUCUCACAUGCGGAGGAUGUGGAUCACCGUAUGGUUAUGAAAGCGAUUCAUUAGAAGCGUUGCCUUGUACACACAUUUUGCACGCCAGAUGUGCAUACGAACUAUUUAGGCGAAACAGGAAGAGUAGAAAAAAACCAUGUCCAGAGUGUGACAAAACAAGUUCAAGACUGUAUUUAAAUUUUAACGAUAAUUUAAAUAAUUACAGUCCGGUGCAAUUAUCGGUUUGUUCCUCGGACAGUCACUGUACCUCACAUCAUGCAACUAGUUCAGUGUAA